AUGUCUACACCAGCAGAGUACUACCGAUCUCUACCACCUGUCAGCAAGACCUAUGGAGUUGCAUGUUUGAUGACAUCAGCGGCAUAUUAUCUCAAUCUUUAUGAUGCAAGAACCAUAGCACUGUUUUAUGGAUUAGUCUUUAAACGCUUUCAGGUUUGGAGGGUUAUCACUAAUUUCUUCUUUCUUGGACCAUUUUCAUUUCCAUUCGCAGUUCGUCUCAUAAUGAUAGCAAAAUAUGGUGUUUCAUUGGAAAGAGGGCCAUUUGAUAAAAGAACUGCAGAUUAUGUUUGGAUGUUGAUUUUUGGUGCACUCUCACUUCUGGUGAUGAGUGUUGUGCCAUAUUUAUGGUCUCCAUUCAUGGGAGUUUCUUUAGUUUUCAUGAUUGUCUAUGUUUGGAGCCGUGAAUUUCCGAACGCAAGAAAACAUUUAUGGUUUGGUAUCAUUGAAGGGUUUUUACCUUCCAUGGGCUAUGCUAGCUCUUGA